AUGGGUGAUCGUAAUGUGGAGAAACUGAUACGGAAAUAUAUCGAUAAACGGGAUGACAAGCUUGUUGAUAUUGUGGAACGAUGCUUGCGAAAAGGUUAUGAUUAUGAGAAAAUGAGGGAUCGUGUCAGCGAUUAUGUUCGAGAUUCAACCGCACGAAAGCGUUUAAUUGAUGCGCUUUCUGAUGCAUUUCCGCAGUUUGCCCGAAGACGAAAACAUCGGUUCGAAGAAACGAAGGAUGGUAAAGAAGAUGGGUCACAAAAGAAGUUUAAACUUGAAGAACGAUCGGAUUCUACUCCAACACGAACUACUCCAGCCAUCACUAAACCGAUAUUGUCAACUCUUAUCAAAACAGAGCCGAAGAAAUCAGAUGAAGUUACGGAAGAAGAGCUCAAAAGUAAGGAAUUAAUGUAUCAAGCUCAAAUGGCAAUUGAGGAGCGAAAGCGGCAGUUGAAUCUUACGGCAAGGCCUGGCAUCGUGGCGCAAGCUGUAAUUUCGAAGGCAUCAAAAUUGAAUACGAAAGAAGCUAGCAUGUUUAUGAAUUACUCGAUGGAGAAAAUCAAUAGGGUCAAAGAACUGAAAGAAAAAUUAGCACAGCGGACGGCAACAGUUGCACAGCUUGUCGAAAAGGAUGCAGGUAAUGGAGCACUUUCAAAAGCAAAACCAGCCGAUGAACCGGAGCAAAAAAUUGUCGAGUAUCUAGAUCCACGUAUUAGUUUAAAAUCUGCUCAGCGAAAGCAGCGUGCAAUUGUUUUCCAUGAUAAAGGCGAAUUUGAGAAAUUAGCGCAACGUGAGCGAGCCAAAGCGCGUUUAGCAAUUUUACAAGCAGAAAUCACGCAAAUAGCCAAGAAAACAGGAAUGUCCUCGUCAGUAAAACUGGCUAUGCUAACUCCUUCAUCAUCUGCCGUCAGCGACAUUCCACUCGUAGAAUGGUGGGACGAAGUCGUAUUAGGUGGUAAUUAUGACAUGAUACCUGAUGAAAAUAUUGAUUCCGACAGUAAGUAUGUGAAAACAAUUACAAAUCUCGUGGAGCAUCCUAUCCAGCUCAAACCCCCUGAUGAGCCUCUUCAACCGCAGUUAGGUUUAAUCAAAGCUCCAGAACCGAAAGUUAAAUUAUCAAAUUUGAUGAGGGUACUGGGUUCAGAUGCCGUCCAGGAUCCGACUAAAAUUGAAGCUCAUGUGCGUAAACAAAUGGCUGAAAGACAGCGUAAGCAUGAAGCAGCAAAUCAGCAAAGAAAGCUCACUAAAGAGCAGCGAUCGGAAAAGAAAAUCCGAAAAAUUAAGGAAGACAUUUCGCUGGCUGUUCAUAUGGCAGUUUAUAAGGUUAAAUCUUUGGCUCAUCCUGCAAAGAAGUUUAAAGUUGAAAUGAAUGCUAAACAACUGCAUAUGACGGGUUUGAUUCUGCUGCACAGUAAUAUCAAUCUUGUAAUUGUUGAAGGCGGACCAAAACAACAAAAAGCAUUCAAGAAUUUGAUGUUAAAUCGGAUCAAAUGGGGAGAUGAAAUCAUUGGCCAAAAAAAAGAAGCUGAAAACAAAGAUACACCUGGAGAAAGAAAUGAUUGUUCCCUGAUUUGGGAAGGUAUCCAGAAACGACGAAAUUUUGGUGAAGUGAAAUGUAUGGUUGCAACACUGGAGAAGCAAGCAAGGGAAAUUUUGGAAAAAUAUGGAGCGGCACAUUUUUGGGAUCUCGCUUACAGCACUUCACUUUUGGCUGAUGAAGCCAGUGCCUAA